GCCGUCCCCUGUCCAGAUUCUUUUCUUUUCUCAUCUGCAGUCAUCGUUCUCAUCCGCGCACAGGGGGGAAAAAUCAAAACAAAAACAACAGAAAAGAAAAUAUCUAGCUCGUUGGGAAAGCUGGUGUGCAUACGUCUCUUGCUAAUUAUCAUUUCCUGGACUUUGUUCUCAUCCAACCACCGCUCUCCCCUGGAUAUUUUCCUCCGCGUUCAACAGGUCCGUGGGGAUCAGCUUCACAUAACUUAGCGCUCGUGCCUUCUCCCUCUUACUUCCCCAGCACAACGCCUGGGCGUUUUGCUCUCAGCGCUCGACCUCCCUCUGUCUUUCUCCUCUAGUUCGAUGUGGAACUCGCCCAGCACUCCCUGCUCGACGUAUUUGCCGUCGCUUCCCUGGCCGGAGUGGCAGCAGCACUCAGGAUCUUCUCCCACGCGCGCUCCUUCCUUGCUCCUCUCUCAUGGCCGCCAUGAAAUUUGCCCAUGCUGUACCUCCUCUCGCCGGAGCUCGCCGAACGUUGCUCCAUGGACGGGCUUCCCAGCAAGCUCCAUCGCGUUGUCGCCUUGGUCCGAGCUCGCCCAUCCCCUGCUCUUCCAUGGCCACGCCCUCAGCUCGCGCAGCUUGCUUGUGGCCCGGUCACUCUCCCUCGGCCUCAGCCUUGAUCUAUCACGGUCCGGCUCGCCGUCAACCCGCUCGGACUCUGCCCUGGCCAAGCCUUUCUGCUCGUGCCGUUGUCGUCAUUCGUCUCCAUGUGGUGGAUACAACAACGUCGUCGUUUACUCCAUGGGGUUCAUCGUCGACUUUGUCAUCCGAAGAGUGAUCCUAGAGUUGGAUAAAAAUAUGAGAAAAGUCCGUGCAGCAAUUGCCAGAAGCUCGACCGGAUAUCCAAACUGAGAACCGUCGUCGUCCUCGCGGUUAUCAAAUCGAUUCGAUCGUGGUACGUUAAUUAAUCGCGCGAUGCGGAAGACAAACCAAGUCGACCCCAAGCGUGGGCUAAUCUGCAAGCUGAAGCUGAUGAAUCAACCUGAAGAUGGUUAAAUCAAGCAAGUGCUCGGUCGAAGAAUACUCGUCAAGCGGACGUCACCUAACAACACUAACCUAGUGUUACUCAGGCAAGCCCCGGUGCAUGCAACCCCUUUCCUUGUGUUUUUAAAUACUUUUCGCACACUUAAGUCUAGUGAAAUGUGCAUUAGGUUCAUAGGAAUUGCUUGAAACCCUUUGAUGCAUUGCUUUCCUUGAUAUCCAUACCUUUAUAGAUACUUCUGUGAAGUAUCAAAAUAUGAUUUACAAAAAUGCUUAGCCUUGCUUAGACCUUGUGGAUAGAGGUUGUCCUCAGUCUAACCCGGGAGAGGAUGGCUUCUACCUGCAAGAAUAUUUUCAUUUGGAGCAAUAGUGGGAUCUUACUGCAAAGUUCCCUGUGAUGCUCUUUCAUCCUAAGGAACAGACACAAUCCUAAGGAUGGAAAUACUUAAAUUGAGACUUGGGUUAGGAACAGGUGAUGUUCUACCCAGGUUGGUUAAGGAUUAAUGCGUAUGUAGGCGUGCUGACCGAGGACCCUUUAACUGGUCACAUGCCUCGUCAUGGGUAAGCCUUGCCUCGGGCAGACUAAGGCCAGAAUAAGAUAACACGAAAUGGGUGUGGAGCGGUGGCGAGAGUAGCGUGUACCCUCCGUGGCAAGAGGCUGGACGGUGGUGUAUCUGUGCUCUCGGUUUGCGUGAACCUGAUCCGGUCUUAAGAACCCCGGUGGCGGGUUGACAUAUGCAAGGGUUAAGUGCUACAUAUGUCGUGUGAUUGGAGAUCCUCAGCUGAGUAUAAUCGAUUCGGAUCGCCGUAACUCCGCGGUUAUGGAGACUUGGCCACUGACUUACACGUAGCAUUCCACUAAAGAUGAUGGGUUUGUUAAGAAAUUGGCUAGUACAGGUCAAGUGAUUGAACUAGGGUAGAAAGAACUCUAGUGCAGGUAAUUUUACUUAACUUGACAAAUAAAACUGGAUUUUUAAGGAUCCACUCAUAGUAAGCUUUUCUGCAAAACAGAGUCCUUGAUUCUUGAUAAGCUUUUCCUUGACUCCCAUAUAACCAGCAUACCCUUGAGAGUCUUUUCUUUAGUCGGGUAAGACUUGCUGAGUAAUUCCAUACUCAGGGUUUUAUUCCCUGUUGUUUUUCAGGUUCUAACUUUGUGCUAUUGUUGAUGGUGUUAAGUGCCGGUGGGCUCGGCCUUCUUAUAAGUCUAAGUAACCCUUCUAUACUUCUUAUUGAGGAUGAUCCCUUGAGCUAGCAUAUAUUUCAAACUUAUACUUUUGUAAUCACUCCAAUAAAAUAAUGUAAAAUUUUUGUAACCUGUAAAAUUUGGUAAUAAGAUUUCCGCUGCAAAAAUGUUGUGUGUGUGAUUUGUGUUACUUAAUCCCGCGGUUCUGGUUGUAAGUGGUUUAUCCGAUGUCCUUGGGGCAAUCGGACGGAUCCUGUUAAGUUAUUUGGUGCACAUGCAUAGUCGUCUGAGGUCUUUGAGACAAGGACAGGUGCAUGUGGGCCCAAUAACUUGGGAGGUUCUGCCACACUUUCCCCCUUUCCUUCUCUCAGAAGUCAGAUGGAGGUCCGUUGCCAAACCAGAUUUUGCCAGAAUGAAGAUGGUUUCCCCAAGUUGCUGAGAGCAUGCACAGUCCGCCUCGGAAUCAGGAGCCAGCCAGAGUAUGAUGGUCAUGAAUUCGUCGAGCAUGGCACAGAGAAGUGUGUCGUGACUGUAUACAUUGGAUCUAGUCCGCACCAUGUGGAAUGGAGUGUCAUUGCUGCUGGGCACAGAUUCAAAGACACCUGCCAAGUCGUCGCUCGCAAGGCAUUGAGGGCCCUGUGUCAGAUUUAUGAAGAAGAAGUGGCCAACACACUGCUCAGAUUCUUUCCGCCCUUUCAGAGAGACCAUCCCGUUUGGAUGGCCAGGAUGCGUGCAUUGGAAGGUCAGCAGCUGCUUGAGGAUGACCCCACAAUCGUGUACCUCACUGCAUACCUGCUCACCCUGGAUGCACAAUAUGAUUUCUUGGCUCGGCACAACCGUCAGAUGAUUUCCCGAGCAGAAGAAGCAGAGAAGCGCAACCGUAAGCUCCAUGUGGAUCUCACCACAGCUCAAGCCCGUGUAGCUGCCUUGGAAAGUUGUGAAGUCAUUGCUGUUGAAGCCCUGAAGCAAGCCAAGGAUGAGCAUGUCCAGAAGUUGAUGAAGGCCUACUUGGUAACCCAUAACCAACGUAGAGCCCUGCGGAUCCAAGAGCCUGCUUCAUCCAACCCAGUUCAACCCAUGAAAGAUGAGGACCCCCAGAUUCUUGAAGGUCACCCGAUCUCUAUCAGAGGAGAGAAGAAGGCUUGGGAACUCCUGGAAGGAGCCAUAGUCUUGGAAGGAAUUCCAGUCUUCCCUCAGGCUAUGGAUAAGCAAGAGUACCCCAAGUCCUCCUAGGAUUCCCCGCCAGAGUUGUUUGAGCCCCUCACCAUGAAAAAGAUUCCAGCACCAUCCCUUGAAGUCAAGGAAGAAGCUGCAAGCACCCCACUAGCACUGCCGCCCUCUGAGGAGCUACAAGAGCCAGUCCAGACUGAAGAAGAGUUCGACCCUGUCUUGCCAUCUCAGUUGCCGCCAGAAGAAGUCAUCAACAUCAGCUCCCUCUUGACCCAUCAAGGAGAUGUCUCAGAUUGAAGUUGUGCGCCAGCCUUGCCAGAAGAGAAGCUGUCAGAUUUGAAGUUAGUUAUGCCCAGUCCUCUGCAUGCAUUGGGUAGUGGAGUUUUUCUUCACUUUGGCUAGAGCCCUGCAUGUAUGAGAGGUAAUCGUGUAGACUUGUGUUUUACAAAACUCUAAUUGUGUGGCCCCCUAGGACAUUUCAAAAAUGAAUUUUGCUUGAUGUUUUCUCCCCUUUUGAGUGCAUAUGUGAUGCUUUAACGUUAGUGCUCAUAAGUUGCAUUUAGCAUAGUUUUCAAUUCAGGAGCCAAGCAAUAGUAGUUAUGCUUAGCCCCCGAAUCUGAGUAGUUCGUGCUUUGGAAAAACUCUAUUCCUCCCUUAUUCAAAACAUUUGAUUUGUUUGUGCUUAUCAUUGCUGAGCUUGUGUGUUUUCUUUCUUUUUAAGAAAGGUUUUCUCUAAAAACAUAGAUCACAAAUUAAAGCUAAUUCUCACCUUAUGCUUCCAUUCUCAUCUUAACCCAUCUCAAGAGAAAAGCACCUUACCCAAGAAGAUACCGGGAAGCUUACCCUUGAAGCCUGGAAUAAGCUACCGAAGAAACCAGUCCAGCCGCUUAGACAAAAGGACCGACCGUGAGAAUCAAAGCACUGCCCCUGAGUCAAAGUAAACAGGAAAAGAGGACAAAAGGAGUUAUUACCAUAGAGAGAGGCAAAUAUUCUUGGAACCAAAGACCACAAACAUCAGGGUCAUUGACCCCACCACUCACCCGUGCCCCCUGCA